AUUAUUUGAUUAUUAUCCUUUACCAAUUCAUAACUCAAAUCAGAUGUAAAGAAUACAGAAGAAAACAAUACUUCAGAAUAAGUCUCUAGAAUGUAAUUAUAUGAUGUUAAAAUGGUAUCUCUAUAUUAAUAUAAUUGAAUAAUUUUGCAUUUAAAUGUAAUUGCAGACCACCGCCUUUAUGAGGGAAAAAAUAAUCAUCAAUAAUGCCACAUGUAAUUUUUAGGCAAUAGAAAUUUGAUCUUUACUAUUUUAAGUUUAGAAAAUGAGCUAAAUAUAAUUAGUGACUGAACUCAGUUGUUCCUGUUCUCUUUAUACUACAGAGCUUAUCUAAUAAAUACAAAACACUGUAAACAAACAGCUCAUGUCUUGUGUGCUAGUUUUUAAAACAAUAAAAAUAAGCCCUUCACCCAUGAGGGGCAUUUUCAUAUUGCCCUCACUGUUAAAUUAUCUCUAAAAUAUAGAGAGCUUCCGCAUAGAUUGUCAAGUUUCUGUUUGUCCACCACACAUGCCACACUUAAAAUGGCCGCUUCAGAUGGACGCCUAUAGUCGACUCUGAUAUUGCCUGAUGGUCCUGAGAAUAAUAAUAAACAAACGCUACUCUCCAUUCCAUCGCCUUCAUGGAUAAACGUUGUUUGUCUAUUUCCCCGACGUUUUAGACCAAAUUUGGAUGUAAUUUUAUGCCUAUUACACGACGAGCUGGGCAAAUUCGCUUGGAUUCCGAAUAAUUAAUAAUCUUUAAUAACCUUAGCUUUAAUAAUCAAACGGUUGAAGAUCAAACGCUAGUUUGGCUCGCGAGGUAUUUUCAUCGCACGUUUGGCUCUUUUUUUUUAACGUUUCCAGUUUUUAUUCUAGAGUUCGUUUUUUUCACUGAAAUAGUUUUGGAUUUGCUGGAAAGGCAUUUUAAUAAUUUAUUUAAGGGUGGCGCUGUUGAGUCAUGUCUGGAAUUGCUUUGAGUAGACUGUCACAGGAGCGCAAAGCCUGGAGGAAAGAUCAUCCUUUUGGUUUUGUGGCUGUACCAACCAAAAACCCAGAUGGCACCAUGAAUCUCAUGAAUUGGGAAUGUGCAAUACCAGGAAAAAAGGGGACUCUUUGGGAGGGAGGAUUGUACAAACUGAGAAUGCUCUUUAAGGAUGAUUACCCAUCUUCACCACCCAAGUGCAAGUUUGAGCCUCCAAUCUUCCAUCCGAACGUCUAUCCUUCAGGUACAGUGUGUCUGUCCAUACUGGAGGAAGAGAAGGAUUGGAGACCAGCCAUCACCAUCAAACAAAUAUUGUUGGGCAUCCAGGAGCUCCUGAAUGAGCCCAACAUUCAGGACCCAGCGCAGGCAGAGGCCUAUACGAUAUACUGUCAAAACAGGAUGGACUACGAAAAGCGUGUGAGGGCACAAGCUAAGAGAUUCGCUCCUACAUAGAGCGGCACGUGCACAAUCUAAUAAAGAAAUUCUGCACCGAUGCCAUUCUGAUGCUCCAGAAUCCUUCACCACUCAAUGAAAAACCCCAAAACUGCAGUUGAGAGUUGAAAUAAAGAUUUAGUUCAAGCUGGCUUCAGCACAGAACUGAAUGAGAAUGGGUGCAAAACAAUUCUAAGAUGAAAGCAACCAAGACAAGUUAAUGUUGGCUGCUGAUCACUGACCAGUGUUUUAUAUAGUGAUAGUGAAAUCUUGUUUUGUUUAGUUGAUGAGGAAAAUGGUUGGUGAUCAGUCGCUAAGAAACAACUUUUACACAGAGCAAAGAUGGUAAAGGUUUCUGUGUAUAUAUAGUAUAAAUAUAUAAAAUUAUUUACUUUUAUUUACUUUUUUACUGUUUCAUUAUACUAAUUAAAUAAGUGUGGCCAUAAUAUAUGUAUUGAGUGUAUGUAUAAUUUGAAAUAAAAAGAUAAAGUGGUUGCUAAAAGCGUUGUUGUUU